AAGACGGCAGCGCCCUCAACUUUAGUGAGUUGGCGAAAGCGAGAGCGGUUCCCUUUUGCCUCUUGUGGCUUAGUGGUAUCCAAAGUUGCCUCCUUGGCCAGAGUUCUUGCUUUCCUCUCCUCGCCAGCGUUCAUUCAACUUUCCCGCCCCCGUACGCGAAUGAGAUCAAUCCACAGAGAGCUUUGUUUUCCGUACAAGAAGAAGAGAGGAGGGAAGAAGAAGAAGAAGAGCAAUUGGUGACGAUGAAUUCCAAGGCGCGGGCGUCGUUGCCGGCCAUGAAAGCUUCCCUGAAGCGCGAUAAAGGAAUCUGCAAGGAGAGGAAGGUUGAGAUGCAGGGGAAUGGAUCGAUGAUCAUAGCAAAUGGACCCAACAGAUGCCAAUCCAGGAGAGAGAGGAAGAUUGCUCUGCAGCGAGAUGUUGAUAAGCUUAGGAAGAAGCUAAGGAAGGAAGAGAGUGUCCACAGCGCCUUGGAGAGGGCUUUCACGAGACCUCGGGGCGCUCUUCCUCGCCUUCCACCAUAUUUGCCUUCACAUACACUAGAACUUUUGGCUGAAGUAGCUGUUUUAGAAGAAGAGGUGGUUCGCCUUGAAGAACAGGUGGUGAACUUUCGGCAAGGCCUCUAUCAGGAAGCUAUCUACAGCUCAUCCUGCAAGAAAUCCAAGAAAUUAGGAUAUGACGUUCACCCCCUUACUCGAUACUCCAAAACCUUGGAGCAACCACAAUUCAUGAAAGGGUCAACCUCGACACAGUGGUCUUUAAACAUGGACCAAAAUAUGCCUUCCUCUAAUAAGUUUGUUUAUGGCAAAUUUGCACCAAACAAGAUGAAUUCAUCCAUAUCCAUUACUGAAAGUCAGCAAGGAAAAGAGAAUCAAUUAAGAACUAAUAUUGGUAAGAACUGUAAACAGACUCCAGUUAAGAGAGAUAUAAAAAUAGCAGCAGCUACUUUGGGAAACAGGCAGGUGGAUGCACAGCCAAAGUGUGAUGCUUUGGAUCAUGAAAGAACUGAAAAGAACUCAAGGAGGUUGUCAGAUGAAGCAAUAUUAAACCAGUCCAGUGCUCCGAAGGAAGCAACAUUAUGUGAGUCAAGUGGCCCAAACAAACUAUCCGAGGACAUCUUGAAGUGCCUGAUGAACAUAUUGUCACGGAUGAGCUCUCCAGGGAACACAAAAGAGCUUCUGGAGACAUCUCCUGUAUCAUAUUGUAGUGCAAGUUUGGAAGAAACAGAUUCUCUAGACCCAUAUGGUAUCUGUGCAGAAUUUGGAAAAAGGGAUAUCGGGCCAUAUAAGCAUUUGCGAGCAGUUGAAGCAAGCUCAAAAUUUCCAAACCUCCUGUCGAGUUGUUCAUUUUUUACAUGUAGACUGAAAUGUUUGCUCAGAGAACUUGCAUCAGCAGAUUUAUCAAAUCUCACACAUCAGCAGAAGAUUGCAUUCUGGAUUAACAUUUACAAUUCAUGCAUGAUGAAUGCAUUUCUCAAGAAAGGCAUUCCUGCAAGUCCUGAGAUUAUUAUCGCGCUGAUGCUAAAGGCUGUGAUUAAUGUGGGUGGUCACUUGCUCAAUGCAAUGACAAUUGAACAUUUCAUAUUGAGGCUUCCCUACAGUUUGAAACAUGUCUGCCCUAAGGGAUCUAAAAGCGAUCAUGUCACGGUGCGAGGCUUAUUUGGAUUGGAAUGGCCGGAACCCUUGGUUACAUUUGCACUUUCAUGUGGGAGCUGGUCAUCCCCUGCUGUGAGAGUAUACACUGCAGCCCAAGUUGAUAAAGAGUUAGAAAGAGCCAAGAGGGAUUAUUUGCAAGCAGCCGUCGGUAUAUGCACACCAAACAAACUGGCAAUUCCUAAGUUGCUUGAUUGGUACCUUCGUGAUUUCGCAAAAGAUGUGGAGUCAUUAAUGGAUUGGAUCUGCUUGCAACUGCCAGAUGAGUUGAGGACUGAAGGAAUUAAAUGCCUAGAGGUGGCCAGAAGAAGUCCAAUUCCACAGCCAAUUCAAGUUCUUCCUUAUGAGUUCAGAUUCAGGGACCAAAAUAUUCAAUUUGUCUCGGAUAACAAUUCAGAACUUUGAUUGAUCAUGUGUUGUUAUUGGGCCUCUUCUUUCUUUUCUUGCUUGUUAAACUACUGGUUGGAUACAUUCUGUGUAAUGCUCUGAGAGGGGAAGCAACCGCUGGAGAGUCCAAGACAUGAAUGCAUGCUUCGACAAGGACUUCAAAAGGAAGGAGGCAGCAGACAUAGAGGAAGGCUGCUUUUGAAAAGAGGAAAGGCUUCACACGGCCAUGGGACACAGCCAGCUCUCUUUGUUGUUGGCCGACUCCCAUCUCAACAAUGACACAGCAACCGGAAUGGGAAAGAGAAAGGUGUACGAAGCUACAACUGUUUUCUCUCACCUUGACGAAGUGGCUCGCUCUGUUCAUCAACAAUGAUGAAUCAUGAACAAAUUUGUUUGCUCGUUUACAGUUGCAUCUUACCAUCUUACUCAAAUGUAUGCCUGUUCUCUGUGUUUCCUUGUCCAUAAGAACACGCACGGGACAUGGAACAACAAUGUCUAAGAUCUUCUGG